AUGGUCUGUAUACUUGAGCCAGGACACAACCAACCAGGUGACACUGUGGUCUGUAUACUUGAGCCAGGACACAACCAACCAGGUGACACUGUGGUCUGUAUACUUGAGCCAGGACACAACCAGCCAGGUGACACUGUGGUCUGUAUACUUGAGCCAGGACACAACCAGCAAGGUGACACUGUGGUCUGUAUACUUGAGCCAGCACACAACCAACCAGGUGACACUGUGGUCUGUAUACUUGAGCCAGGACACAACCAACCAGGUGACACUAUGGUCUAUAUACUUGAGCCAGGACACAACCAGCAAGGUGACACUGUGGUCUGUAUACUUGAGCCAGCAAACAACCAACCAGGUGACACUAUGGUCUGUAUACUUGAGCCAGGACACAACCAACCAGGUGACACUGUGGUCUGUAUACUUGAGCCAGGACACAACCAACCAGGUGACACUGUUGUCUGUAUACUUGAGCCAGGACACUAUGACACAACCAACCAAGUGACACUGUGGUCUGUAUACUUGAGCCAGGACACAACCAGCCAGGUGACACUGUGGUCUGUAUACUUGAGCCAGGACACAACCAGCAAGGUGACACUGUGGUCUGUAUACUUGAGCCAGCACACAACCAACCAGGUGACACUGUGGUCUGUAUACUUGAGCCAGGACACAACCAGCCAGGUGACACUGUGGUCUAUAUACUUGAGCCAGGACACAACCAACCAGGUGACACUGUGGUCUGUAUACUUGAGCCAGGACACAACCAACCAGGUGACACUGUGGUCUGUAUACUUGAGCCAGGACACAACCAACCAGGUGACACUGUGGUCUGUAUACUUGAGCCAGGACACAACCAACCAGGUGACACUGUGGUCUGUAUACGUGAGCCAGGACACAACCAACCAGGUGACACUGUGGUCUGUAUACUUGAGCCAGGACACAACCAACCAGGUGACACUGUGGUCUGUAUACUUGAGCCAGCACACAACCAGCCAGGUGACACUGUGGUCUAUAUACUUGAGCCAGGACACAAUGACACAACCAACCAGGUGA